AAAAAUACUUCAAUUACCAUUUUGAAAUUUUCGACAAAGUUAUAGCAGUUGUUGCUGAAAGCCUGAAAUUUAAGUGCUACAAAUUCUUCCUCCCCUAUUUUGCUGCUUACGUUGAUGUCGAAAAAUUGGAAUCAAUCGAUUCAAAUUGGUGAGAAUUGAAGAAGAAGAAUAAUGGGCUAUCUCCUAAGGGUGAGAUUUGCGUCGUUCUUCACCAGCGCUGCGUUGGCAUCUGCGGCGGGGCUCUAUUUUCUUCACAAGGAUUAUAAAAUAGCUCACCACGCCAUCUUUCAACAGGAAAUUCAUCAUGGGAGGCUUUAUGAAGAUUAUUCUAAAUUUUUGCUAUAUUUAUUUUGGUUACGAGAGCUUCAAGAUCCCAACUUCUCACAUGCAUCAUAUUGGAAGACGUUGGAUAUUCUAUAUUUUUGGGGAGAGCAACAAGCCUACGACUGUCAUGAGCAGCAGAAACUAAUGGGUUUGUGCAGUAUGUGCCAAAUCGACCUUAGCCUCAUGGCCAGUUGUGUUGGGGGUGGGGUUUGGUUUGGCACCAAAAUUCUUGCACUCUGAACAGAAGAGCUCAAUUUUUCAUCUUGAUUCGAGGGAUAUUUUGUCACUGCCUAUGGGGAAGGUUCCUCUUCUCUGUCUGCCUGGAAGUUCGCUGAACACACACAGAUAGAAUCGAAUCAUUUGAGUAAAAGAUGUAUGCUUUCUGCAUAGAAUUUAGAGUCUCAGACAGUCUAUAAAUUUGAGGUAUUUAUGCUAGAAAUUUUUUUAUGCUUUGAGGAAUGUUUCCCCUGGUGUUCUGAGGCAUAAACCAAACACUGAUCAUGGGGCAAGAACAUUGUGUUUUCAAAAUGGUUUAUCGCUAUGUUUGAAGUUAAUUGUGCAAAACUUCCUCACCUUUCACUUUUCCCUCCUUUUUUUUUUUUAGCAUUUUUAUCCCUAUUUACACCUUUCAUUGU